AUGAGCUCGCGCCUCCAUCCCAAAUUCCAUGCCCGUGACCGUGAGGACGGCGCCGUGAUGACUUGCCGCCGCAGCCCACGCCUCCAUCCCCAAAUCCACACCAGCGAGGACGGCGCCGGGAAGGCCUGCCGCCGCAGCCCGCGCAAUCAUCCCCAAAUCCACGCGACUGAGCAGGGCGCCGGAAUCACACGCCGCUGCCGCCGCCGCCGCCGCCGCCGCCGCGGCACCUCGCUGCCAGACAACGAAGAUAUGCUCUGGGAGAUCCUCCUCCGUCUCCCGCCUCAGCCGUCCUCCCUCCCGCGCGCAUCCGCCGUCUGCAGGCGCUGGCGAGGGCUCGUCACCGACCCCCGGUUCCUCCGCAGCUUCCGCGCCCACCACCGGAAGCCGCCCCUUCUGGGCGUCUUCGAGUCCUUCGACGGACUCGUGUUUAACGACCUCCUUCGUCAGCGCCUCAGGCGCAAAGGUAGGAUCGAGUUGAGGUUCAUCCUGGAAACUCCCGACCGCAUACCUCUUCUCCCCAUUGAAACCGGCAUCCACUCAAGGACUCGACUGCUCGGGUGCCGCCACGGUCGCCUAAUCCUCUUGGGCGGGGCGCGAAAAAAAGUCAGUGUGUGCGACCCAAUCACCGGCGAGCUCCACCGCGUGUGCACUCCACCGGACUUCACAAGGUACAAAUUCUUGAAUGUUGCGGUGCUCUGCGCCGCCGCCGACCAGGGCCACGUGCACGGCAGCUGCCACUCCAGCCCCUUUAAGGUGGUCAUGAUGUCCCCGUGUGGAGAAGAUGAUCGACCCAUCGCUUGUGUAUACUCCUCGGAGACUGGAGUAUGGGGCCAUGUCAUCUCAACGACGGCUCGAUGUGGGCUUGACGAUGCUAAUCCUGGGAUUCUUGUUGGCAAUGUUCUGUACUGGUCUUCUAAGUCUGUGAGAGUCGGUUCAUCCUAUGUGAGUUUGAAUCUCACCGACGACAUAAUUGAGUUUGAUUUGGAUAGACAGAGUCUAGCUGUGAUCAAGGGGCCUCCAGAGCUUAAUGGUUCCCUCCUACAUCAGAUAAUCCAAACAGAUGAUGGUGCUGUUGGUCUCGCCGUAUUUUCUCAGGGUAGAUUCAAAAUGUGGGAGAGAAAAGCCAAUCGUCAUGGUGGUGCUACGUGGUUGCUGCAGAAGACCGUUGAAAUGCAUACUAUUCUUGGGCGCCCUUCUCCGAUUAAGCGAUCGGUUGCAGUACUGGGGUAUGAUGAGGAUAAUGGUGUGAUUUUCUUACACGUGGGCAGCACUGUCUACAUGGUUGAACUUAUGUCAAUGCAGUCCAAGAAACUUUACAAAAGCUAUCAUUCUAAUCGCUGUUAUCCUUUCACAAGUUUCUAUGCACAAGGUGGAUGUGCUGGAGCUGGAAUGUUGCCUCUGGUUUGAUGUGCUAUUUUGUUGAAAUGGUUCAACAGGUGAAGGAAUGGCUGCUGCAUAUCGGCAGGGAGUAUAUGUUAUCUGAAAAAGCGUAGUAAGCGUGUGCCUUAGUCUAGCCAAUUCUCUAAUGUGGCAGGAUGCAUUUGAAUACCUAAUCAUGGGAAUUUCAGCUUUCCCUGGAAAUAUCCAAGUCAGGAUUCAAAUCAAAUGGUCCGCUGUGUUAUCUGCAAAAUGUACUGAGUGUGACACCCAGUUUGUAUGCAACUAGAUGUAUCUGAAUACCUGAACCAGUGAAUUUCAGCGUGUCCUAGUUAUAUUGAAGCUGGUUUCGCCGUA